AAGGACCUGCAGAGGGACGCUCCGCCUCCGUCAGCGGAGUGCUGCCGGGAGCCGCGAUGCCGCUGUACGAGGGCCUGGGAAGCGGCGGGGAGAAGACCGCCGUGGUGCUCGACCUGGGCGAGGCCUUCACCAAGUGUGGUUUUGCAGGUGAAACAGGACCAAGAUGCAUUAUUCCUAGUGAAAUAAAGAAACCUGAUGUCUCUAAGCCUGUCAAAGUUGUUCAGUAUAACAUUAACACAGAGGAGCUGUAUUCAUAUCUGAAGGAAUUUAUUCAUAUGUUGUAUUUCAGACAUCUUCUGGUGAAUCCCAGAGACCGUCGUGUAGUGAUCAUAGAAUCUGUGCUCUGCCCUUCCCACUUCAGAGACACUCUUGCCAGAGUCCUUUUCAAGCAUUUUGAGGUGCCUUCUGUUUUGUUUGCUCCAAGCCAUCUCAUGUCUCUUCUGACACUUGGGAUCAACUCUGCCAUGGUGCUCGACUGUGGAUAUAAAGAAAGCUUGGUGCUGCCUAUUUAUGAGGGAACUCCAAUUCUGAGCUGCUGGGGUUCUCUGCCUUUGGGAGGAAAAGCCAUCCACAGGGAGCUGGAAUACCGGCUGUUGGAGCAGUGCACAGUUGAUACAGGAUUAGCCAAAGGCCAAAGCCUUCCGUCUGUCAUGGGCUCUGUUCCAGAAGACAUAGUUGAGGAUAUAAAAGUUCGCACUUGUUUUGUGAGUGAUCUCCAACGUGGACUGAAAAUCCAGGCAGCCAAGUUCAACAUUGAUGGCAGUGCUGAGCGUCCUUCGCCGCCUCCAGCUGUGGACUAUCCUUUGGAUGGUGAAAAGAUUCUCCAUGUAGUUGGCUCCAUCCGAGACUCAGUUGCAGAAAUACUGUUUGAACAGGAUAAUGAAGAGACAUCUGUUGCCACUUUGAUCUUAGAUUCACUCAUUCAGUGUCCCAUAGACACCAGGAAGCAGUUGGCAGAGAACUUGGUGGUUAUGGGUGGCACUGCCAUGUUGCCGGGGUUCCUGCACAGGCUGAUGGCUGAAAUCAGGUACCUGGUAGAAAAACCGAAAUACAGGGAAGUGCUUGCGACCAAAACCUUCAAAGUUCACACUCCACCUGCCAAAGCCAACUACGUGGCGUGGCUGGGAGGAGCCAUUUUUGGAGCACUUCAGGACAUCCUUGGGAGCCGGUCUGUGUCCAGAGAAUAUUACAGCCAGACGGGGCGCAUACCUGACUGGUGCUGUCUGAGUAAUCCUCCACUGGAGAUGAUGUUUGAUGUUGGAAAAGCACCCCCACCACUGAUGAAGAGGGCUUUUUCUACUGAGAAAUAAGCAGCAAAAUGCUACGCGAGGGUUCUCCUCAUCUGUUUCAAGUACAUGUAUAUAAAUAUCAGUAGGAUUUUGAUAUGGAGUUAUCUGUGUGUAAUACCAUUAAAUAUGAGCAGUGUGGGUGUUC